AUGGGUUCAUACUAUCAUUCAUCUGAUUACUGCUAUGACAUUGUAUUACCAUCUUAUUUUGGAAAUCGAUCUUCUUCAGGACUAUCUGUAAACCUCACCAACCAAAAUAUCGAAUCCUUGAUGUAUUUCUGUGAGAAAAUAGUUGAUUUGGAAGACCAAGACAAGUACAGCGGGCCUAUGGUGUGGAUUGGUAUCUACAUCUCAAUGGCAUCAUUCUUUUGCAUUCUCGCGAUGGUAGCUGAUCUGUUCAAUGGUUUUCAGAAAAGGAAAUUUUGGUUUCCAAGUAAAUAUUUCUCUCUAAAUGCUGUUUCUAUCACAGUGAUAGCGGUUGCAAUGAAACUCCCUGUGGAUUUGAGUAGUCAAAUGCCAGGGUGGGUGGACCAAGUAGCUAAGCAGGGAAGCAUAGUUUUUAUGUGCAUGAUGAUGGCUAACUUGAUGCCUUCUUUGGCGUCUAUGGACAACAAGUCACUUCUUGCAAAUGUGAUAGGUUUUGCUAUUCUCAUUAUCACCAUAAUUGUGAAUAUUUUUAUGGAGAUUAAUACUGGAGUUAUUGAUCGAGGAUACUUCUUUGUAGCAUUGUUACUCUUCUUACUAAUAAUUUUGAUCUCUUCUGCAAUAUCACUUCCAAUCUCUAAGCAAAUUCUACAACUCAAGUAUCAAGCGAUUAGCAAAACAACUUUACAAGAUCAUUGUCCAGAAGAUAUAUUUGAUAUUGAGAAGCUAAGACAACAUGUGAAAAGAUACUGGAUCAUGGCAGAAACUGGUAGCCCACAAUUUGUAAUGGCUAGUAAUCCGUUAUCAUGUGCUUCUGGUGUAAUUUGUGUAACUGGUCUAGCCACAUACAUAUUACUUCUGGUGUUAAAUUUUAUGCUCCCAAUUUAUAAAAGAUACCAAUCGGAUUAUAAGUGGUCAAUGGUUGUGAUUGUUAUCACACAAUCUAGUGGAGUGAAGGUGGUUGUGGUAACAUGCAAAAUUAUAGGGCUCCUCCCCAUUGUGGUUCUACUCAUUUUCAUGUAUUGUUCAUAUUAUUUAAGGUCAAUGAAAGGAAUGAUGCUUAAUCCACCCUCUAGCACUCAUGAUACAGAUGAAGACCUUAGCAGUUAUGUUUUGUUACUUGAAGACAAUAUGGAGUUUGCUGAAAGAACACUUAAACGAAUUUCAAACUCCAUGAAUCCCGUGAUGCAAAAGGCUGAGAAGGAACAAGACAACAAUCUCUUAAACUUUCUUGAAAAAUCGACUGGAUUCGAGGGAGUAGAGAAAUUUGACAUUUGUCAAGUUCAACCACUACUUUCUAUUGAAAUUCCCAACAGUUGGAGCUUACCAAUAGUAACCUUAACAUGCAUCGCCAUUUCACUCCCAAAUAUUGGUAAGGACGUAACUAAUAACUUGUUCAAAUGUGUUGGUGGAGGGCUCUUUUACACGCAUAUUGUUGAGGAAAGCUUGAACAAUGCACUUAAGUACGUAAACAUUCAAAAGGCAGCUUUGACAUUGUGGGAUGAGGUAGAAGACAACUACAAGUGGUUAGAGAACACUUUGGAAAAAAGAGCUUUUGAUGGAAAAACAUCAAGAGAGAUCCUUGAAUGGUUUUCUCACAAGGCAGAAGAAAUUGUGAGAGAAGUUAGCAAAAGCACAAAUGGAGGAGAACCGGUGGAAUACCUUCCAUGGAAGUUGAUUGUUGCUAAUUCAAUGUAUCGAAUUACACAAACAAUCAUGCUUACCUACCAAAGUGACAUCUUAGAGAUCACUGAAGAAUGGUUGUUUACACUAUUAAAUCACAUGAUUGUAGACAUAUUGGUUGGUUGCUUCACCAACAUACCACGAGUCAUAACAAUCAAAUGCCAUGAAAGUGCAAUAGAGAAACGGGAGGCUAGUGUUGAGGCUGCAGCAAAGCUUCUUGGUAGGACUACUAAGAUAAUAAAAAGUCUUGAAACGUAUGAAUUACCAAGCAUUCAUCGGGAUAAGAUGGCAUUUAUUGAUGAAUGGCGUCUUCAUUUGCAAAGUAUCCCUUAA